AACCCUCCCAACUCAUCAGUCUUUCUUCCUCUCGACAGAGCUAGGGUUUUGUAUCAAAAUGGCGACUCGCUAUCUGACUCGUUCUCUACUCACUGCCUUCACUCGCUCAUACAAUUCUAUUGCACCGCCGAGCUCAUUAUCUGCUUUCUCUCUCCUCCGCCUGCGACCUCUUAUCGCCGUCGCCGCCAAUCUAAAAAACGCCUCUCCGCCGCCGACGCCUUUUGCUGUUCGAGGGUUUGCCACUCGACAGACGUCAUCGUCUCUCAAUGACCCGAACCCUAACUGGUCGAAUCGACCCCCGAAGGAGACGAUUUUGCUUGACGGUUGUGACUUUGAACACUGGCUUGUUGUGAUGGAGAAGCCCGAAGGUGAUCCCACUAGGGAUGAGAUUAUUGAUAGUUACAUCAAAACUCUUGCUACUAUUGUUGGAAGCGAGGAAGAAGCAAGGAUGAAGAUAUAUUCUGUCUCAACCAGGCAUUACUAUGCUUUUGGUGCCCUUGUAUCGGAAGAACUUUCGUACAAACUAAAAGAGCUGCCCAGGGUUCGUUGGGUGCUUCCUGAUUCCUAUCUGGAUGUUAGAAAUAAAGAUUACGGAGGGGAACCUUUUAUCAAUGGGCAGGCUGUACCUUAUGACCCUAAGUACCAUGAGGAGUGGGUGAGAAACAAUGCUCGUGCUAAUGAGAGAAACAGGCGAAAUGACCGACCUCGUAAUUUUGAUAGAUCCAGAAACUUUGAGAGAAGAAGAGACAUGCAGACUUACCAAAACAGUCAGAACCCUGGAUCCAACAUGCCACCAGGGGGGCCUCCCAACAUGAGGAAUCCACCGCCUCCCAACAUGGGCGGGAUGCAGCAACUUAACAUGGGAGGUCCACCCAACAUGGGCGGGACGACGCAGCAACCUAACAUGGGAGGUCCACCCAACAUGGGCGGGAUGCAGCAACCUAACAUGGGAGGUCCACCCAACAUGGGCGGGAUGCAACAGCCGGGCAUGGGCGGGAUAAACCAGCAGGGCAUGGGAGGUCCUCCCAACAUGGGCAGGAUGCACCAGCCGGGCAUGGGAGGUCCACCCAACAUGGGCGGGAUGCAACAGCCGGGCAUGGGAGGUCCACCCAACAUGGGCGGGAUGCAACAGCCGGGCAUGGGAGGUCCACCCAACAUGGGCGGGAUGCACCAGCAGGGCAUGGGAGGUCCUCCCAACAUGGGCGGGAUGCACCAGCAGGGCAUGGGAGGGCCGCCCAACCCAGGCGGGAUGCACCAGCAGGGCAUGGGAGGGCCGCCCAACCCAGGCGGGAUGCACCAGCCGGGUAUGGGAAGGCCACCCCAUGGGGGCGGGAUGCAGCAGCCAAACAUGCCUCCCAACACAGGAGGUGUACCACCAGCAAACAUGGGUGGAGGGCCUACCCAUAACUAUGGAGGAGUGCCAAACAAUGGACCCAAUUUCCAAUACAACAGCGGAUCAAACAGUGGAGGCACACCUUACCCAACAGGUCCAGGACCAAACCAGAGCUACUCUCCUAAUCCAUCUGAUGGAAACUCUUAUCAGAAUCAAAACUUGCCUGGAAGAGAUAUGCCCCCUCCAAAUUACCGAUAAGCAGAUGUAGAUAAUAAGUAUGAAGUUCUUAAUGCUAGGGUUUUAUUUUGCGAAGUAGUGUACCAUCUUAUGUUUUGGUAGCAUGAUUUCAUCAUAAUGGUUGGAAAUGCAAAUGAUUACAUAUUGAGUGCUGUACUAAAAAUAAUUCAUAUUUAUUUAAGUGCCAUCACCUUAUUAGAAUUGCUGUAUUCA